CAGGAUUUCUGAAGUUCUAGGAAAGAUUGGUCUGGAGUUCCAAGAAUGAUCGGUCGGCCGUGGACAAUUUUGCUUGUUAAGCUUGAAAGGGCUAUUUUAGUGCAUCAAAUUGCAGUCAAGAAUUUGAAUAUUUGAAACAUCAAUAGCGUCUGUAAGAUAUCUUUCCCGCAUUCGUGAUUCGUGUAUUCGGUGGGCCAAGAGAUAAGACCGAUAAGAAAAGGGCCCAGAAUGUGAAGGAUUCCAGUCAUCAUCGCCUUUACCACCUGUUUGGAUUGAGUGAAUCUGGUUGAUUGUUGCUGGAUUCUGUAACUCUGCAUCAAGAACUCAAGAAGGGAGAUAUCAAUCAACACUGACUGAUUUUGCUUCAAUAACUAUAAAAAAAAAGUGCAAAAUGGUGACAAGAACGGUAGAUCUCCGAUCUGACACAGUGACUAAACCAACUGAAGCCAUGCGGACUGCAAUGGCAAAUGCUGAAGUUGAUGAUGAUGUUUUAAGUCAUGACCCAACUGCCCGUCGCCUUGAAACAGAGAUGGCAAGAAUCACAGGCAAGGAAGCAGCCCUCUUUGUCCCUUCAGGCACAAUGGGUAACCUUAUUUGUGUGCUUACACAUUGUCCAAUUAGGGGAAGUGAGGUAAUUCUAGGUGACAGUUGCCAUAUCCACAUUUAUGAAAAUGGAGGUAUUUCCACAAUUGGAGGUGUUCAUCCAAGAACAGUGAAGAAUAAUGAAGACGGAACAAUGGAUAUCAAUCAAAUGGAAGCUGCAAUUAGAGAUCCUAGAUUUGAGAUAUGUUACCCAACAACUAGGCUCAUCUGUUUGGAAAACUCACAUGCUCAUUCUGGUGGUCGAUGCCUUUCUCCAGAAUACAUAGACCAAGUAGGAGAGCUAGCAAAGAAGUAUGGACUGAAGCUUCACAUUGAUGGUGCUCGUAUUUUUAAUGCAUCAGUUGCACUGGGAGUUCCGGUUGACAGGCUUGUACAGGCUGCUGAUUCAGUAUCUAUUUGUUUAUCGAAAGGUCUUGGUGCUCCGGUUGGAACCGUAAUUGUUGGUUCAGAAACCUUUAUUGCCAGAGCAAGGAUUCUCAGGAAGACUCUGGGUGGUGGAAUGAGGCAGGUUGGUGUCCUGUGCGCUGCUGCUCUUAUUGCAUUGCAAGAAAAUGUUGGUAAGCUUGAAGGAGAUCACAAAAAGGCUAAAACUUUAGCAGUGGGGCUGAACAAAAUCAAAGGACUAAAUGUUGACAUUGAUUCCGUCGAGACUAAUAUAGUAUAUUGUGAUAUCCUGAAGAGCGUAAAUAUCACAGAAACCAAGCUUUGCAAGAUUUUGGAGGGACAUGGGAUACUUAUUUUACCAGAAGGCCCAUUCAGGAUUAGGAUGGUCCUUCACCACCAAAUAUCAGAAAGCGAUGUCCACUACACUCUGUCUUGCAUGCAGCAAGCUGUUAACGGAGUUCAUGGCAAGCAAGACGGCAAAUGAGACAAGUUCUUAUGAUAUCAUACGCUAUAUUUCUAGUUCUUGAAAUUUCUGAGCAUCAAAGAUCAAACCUAUCAUCACGGUGGAAGUCUGUAGUAAACAGUAAAACCUUACAAGCAGUUUUAAAUUCUAAAGUGUGAUUUAAACUUCUUCUUUUCUUUCUUAAUUUGAUAUGAUUUUGGAGCUAUCUGUCAUGAGCAUAUUUGGGAAA